GGGUGACAGACGGGUAGAGUGAUAGACGGGUAGAGUGAUGACACGUCGCAGCCCUGAGAGCGGCUCGGAUGGCCCCGGCGUGAUUUGCACCGAGCGCUACGGGACUGGCUUGUCCAAAAAGUACCUUCAGGGAAAGGACGGUUCCCUGGUGUGCGAGAGCGCCCCGGCAGAGCGCCAUUCACUGAGACGCUGCCUUGAGUCGCUUCUCCUACCUCAUGGGUUCCCUCAUAGUGUGAGUGAGGACUAUCUGGAGUAUCAGCUCUGGGACACCCUGCAGGCGUUUGCCAGCAGCGUCACGGGUUCUCUCGCUACUCAGUCUCUGCUUCGUGGUUCUGGAGUUGGAGACGCCACAGCCACUGUCGCAGCUGCCACGGUCACUUGGAUCCUAAGAGAUGGUACAGGGAUGGUUGGAAGGAUCCUGUUUGCCUGGAUGAAGGGGAGCCGCCUUGAUUGUGACGCCAAACGAUGGAGGCUUUUUGCUGACCUACUCAACGAUGUGGCCAUCUUCAUGGAGAUUGUGGCUCCGGCCUUCCCAUCAUGCUUCACUUUGAUGGUGUGUGCAGCAGGAGUCUGCAAGUGCAUUGUGGGAGUAGCAGGAGGUGCAACUAGAGCUGCACUCACUGUUCACCAGGCAAGACGUGAUAACAUGGCUGACGUGUGCGCCAAGGAUGGGAGCCAGGAGACAUUGGUUAAUCUCGCUGGUCUGCUGGUCGCUCUCUUUCUCGUGCCCCUCGUCUCAGACAGUCUGUGGGCCACUUACCUGCUCUUUCUUCUUCUAACCUCACUGCACCUUUAUGCAAAUUACCGAGCUGUGCGCUCCAUUGUAAUGGAAACGCUCAACCAAUCACGGCUCAGCAUUGUGCUGGAUUACUAUCUGAGAGAGGGGAGGAUACUGAGUCCGGCCGCAGCCAAUCGUAAGGAGCCUCUUUUACCAGGUCUCGGCUCGCAGGCUCCUGUCCAGCUCGGGGUCCCUCUGCGUUCUCUGUUAAGCAGCGUGUCUCAGAUGGAGAUGUUACAGAAGGGGAAUCGUUCCCUGUAUUUGCUGGGCUGGAGAGAGGAUACAGGCAGCCUGGCCGCGGUGUUACACGAGAGAGCGAGCAGUGCGGAUAUGAUCAGAGCCAGCGUCCACGCGGAGAUCCUCCAUCAAAAAACCAGGAGCGCAGACCCUGCUCGCUUCAGUGUUCUUGCGGAAACUCACAGGCAGCUCGACCUGAUGUUCCCAGACUUCCAGCAGGGUCUCUGCUCUGCCGGUUGGGUGACCGAUCGCAACCUGUUGGAUGCUGAUGACUGGAGAGUUACGUGGGACCAAAGCAAAAUGCAUUGAGCACGGCGAUAAGGACGUCUCUCGAAGAGCCCCCGAGUGAAACCAUCUCCAAACAGGAUCUGGGAAGUGACGUCCGUACAUAAUAAUCCUCACCGCUGCCUGAAACCACGCAGGGGUAUCAGAACAAUCUGAUAAAUGGACUGGGCACAGGGUGGAGACCCCCUGGGGUACAUAUAUAUUUGUUUUUUGGGGAAAACCGUUUGGAUGAAGACCCCCUACCUAAGGCUGCCAAGCAGUGGCACAACCUGGAGGCUGACAUGAAUGCUAAAGAACCCCUAACUGAGGGUUCGCGAUGUGCAGACAUAACGUGGGCUCUGGUUAUAAACGGCAAUCGUUCGUCUCUCCUUUCCGUAAUCUUUGUAUUUCCAUAUAAAAGAAUCUUAUAUAA